AGGGCGCGAGUUUGGCUACCUAGUGGAGCUGUUAGAGAAAGGGAAGGUUACCAUUAAGAAUAUUGAACGAGAACUCAUCUGCCCAGCAUGCAAGGAAUUAUUUACCCAUCCGCUUAUUCUCCCUUGUCAACAUAGUAUCUGCCACAAAUGUGUAAAAGAAAUUCUCUACUUUACACUUGAAGAUUCGUUCAAUGAUGCUGCCUCCGAGACCUCCAAUCAAAGUAGUCCUCGUAUCCGGAUUAGUUCACCUAGCAUGGAUAGGAUUGACAGGGCUAGUAGAUCAGGUUGGAAACGCAAUUCAUUAACUCCUAGGACAACUACUUUCCCUUGUCCUGGAUGCCGGCAUGAUAUCGAACUGGGAGAGCGUGGCAUCAAUGGCCUCUUUCGCAACUUCACCUUGGAAACGAUAGUGGAACGAUACAGGCAGGCGGCGAGGGCAGCUACAGCCAUUAUGUGUGAUCUGUGUAAACCCCCACCACAAGAAUCCACAAAGAGCUGCAUGGAUUGUAGCGCAAGUUAUUGCAACGAAUGCUUCAAAAUACAUCAUCCCUGGGGAACUUUGAAAGCCCAGCAUGAAUAUGUGGGACCAACUACCAACUUCAGGCCAAAGAUUUUGAUGUGUCCAGAACAUGAAAUGGAGAGAGUAAAUAUGUAUUGUGAAAUAUGCAGAAGGCCUGUUUGUCAUCUUUGCAAACUGGGUGGCACACAUGCAAAUCACAGAGUGACUACCAUGAGCAGUGCCUACAAAAUACUCAAGGAGAAGCUUUCAAAGGAUAUAGAAUACCUCAUUAGUAAGGAGAGCCAAGUAAAAAGCCAGAUUACAGAACUUGGUCUUUUAAUGAAAGAAACAGAGUGCAAUGGUGAAAGAGCUAAAGAAGAAGCAUCAAACAGUUUUGAUAAGUUGUUUGAUGUUUUAGAAGAAAGGAGAGCAUCUGCACUCAGGGCUAUUGAAGCUUCCAAAACCAUAAGACUGGAGAAAUUGAAGUCUCAAAGAGAAGAGUAUCAGGGACUUUUAGAAAAUAAUGGCCUUGUGGGAUAUGCCCAAGAAGUUCUCAAAGAAACAGACCAGUCUUGCUUUGUUCAGACAGCAAAACAGCUCCAUGAUAGAAUUCAGAAAGCUACUGAAUCUCUGAAGAGCUUCAGACCUGCAGCACAAGCUUCUUUUGAAGAUUUUGUUGUUGAUGUAACAAAACCACAGGAGGCUCUUACAGAAUUGUCUUUUCAUUCAAGUGGUGUGGAUAUACCAGAGAUCAAUGAGGAACAGAGCAAAAUGUACAAUAAAGCUUUGAUCUGUUGGGAUCAUCCACAGAGCACAGGUUCAGCUGACACCUACAUCCUUGAAUACCGUAAAGUUAAUAAAGAAGAGGCAAACCCAGCAUGGCAAGAGACUGAAGUUUUCAGCAAGAGCAAAGUAAUCUCUGACCUUGACACUAAUAGCAGCUAUUCUUUCAGAGUCAGAGGAUAUAAAGGAUCUAUCUGUAGCCCUUGGAGCAGGGAAGUUAUCUUGCACACUCCACCAGCUCCAGUUUUCAGCUUUCUCUUUGAUGACAAAUGUGGCUAUAACAGUGAGCGUCUCCUGUUGAAUGCAAGGAGGAAUUCUGUGGAAAACAGGGCUGGGUUCCCUCUGCUUUUGGGAGCUGAACGUCUCCAAGCAGGCUGCUAUACUACUUUAGACUACAUUGUUGGAGACACUGGCAUUGUGAAAGGAAAGCAUUUUUGGGCUUUCCGCGUGGAGCCCUAUUCAUAUCUUGUGAAAGUAGGAGUAGCAUCUGACUCAAAGAUCCAAGAAUGGUUCCACAAUUCUCGUGAUCUUACUAGUCCAAGAUACGAACAAGACAGUGGUCAUGACAGUGGGAGUGAAGACAUCUUUGUUGAGUCCUUGCAGCCUUUCACACUGGUAACUCUAGGCAUGAAGAAGUUCUUUAUUCCUAAGGCUUCCCUUGCUCCAGCUGCUCCCAAAGACUCUGUGAAUAGAAUUCUUCCCAUGCCAUCAUGCAUAGGAAUCUGCCUUGACUGUGACAAAGGCAAAGUUGGAUUCUACGAUGCAGACCGGAUGAAGUGUCUUUAUGAGCGUCAGGUGGAUUGCUCUGGCAAAAUGUAUCCAGCUUUUGCAUUGAUGGGGAGUGCAGGAGUUCAUCUGGAAGAAACAAUUGCAGCAAAAUAUUUGGAAUACCAAGAUGAAGACAUGUGA